CAUUUCUGGUGUUCAUGAAUGCCCUCGCGGAGAAGCGCGAUUCUGAACGGGGAGAAGUGUAGCUAUCUAGUACAGAACUUUAAGCGCGAGUGAUACCUUAUUUCGUGUUUUCAGCAGUGUUUGUGUACUAUACUCAAAUGAAUUUCUAAUCGGCGGUGAUAUACUUGAAUACCGUCUUGCGAAAUCGCUUUUUAUUUCAACCUACCGCUAAAAUAAACUAGCUAACGUUAGCUUGCUAGCUAACAUGUCGGGAGGCGUCGUGCGAGGCCCCGCAGGAAAUAACGAUUGUCGAAUUUAUGUCGGAAAUCUACCUCCUGAUAUUCGCACUAAAGAUGUCGAGGACGUGUUCUACAAAUACGGAGCUAUUCGAGACAUUGAUUUGAAAAAUCGGAGAGGGGGACCUCCCUUUGCCUUCAUCGAAUUUGAAGAUCCCAGGGACGCAGACGAUGCAGUGUACGGACGAGACGGCUAUGACUACGACGGUUAUCGGCUGCGAGUUGAAUUCCCUCGGAGCGGAAGGGGUGGGGGGAGAGGCGGCUUUGGUGGUGGUGGUGGUGGUGGUGGUGGGGGGGGUGGCGCUCCUAGAGGCAGAUACGGGCCGCCAUCCAGACGCUCCGAGUAUAGGGUCAUUGUCUCAGGGCUUCCCCAAAGUGGCAGCUGGCAGGACCUCAAGGAUCACAUGCGUGAGGCUGGGGAUGUAUGUUAUGCUGACGUUUUCAGAGAUGGAACUGGGGUUGUGGAGUUUGUGCGCAAAGAAGACAUGACCUACGCUGUUCGAAAGCUGGAUAACACCAAAUUCCGAUCACACGAGGGAGAGACCGCAUACGUUCGCGUGAAAGUAGAUGGUCCCCGCAGCCCGAGCUAUGGAAGAUCCCGUUCCAGGAGCCGCAGUCGAAGCAGGAGCCGCAGCGCAGCCAGUCGCAGCCGCAGCAACUCUCGCGGUGGUGGUACCCGUGGUGGCAGAGGAUCUCCUCGCUACUCUCCACGCCAUAGCCGCUCUCGCUCCCGUUCCUAAACUCUGUUGCCAUUUUGGUGGAUCCCCCUGUUAGCAGUUCCUCUUUCCACUUGUUUUUACCUCCUUUUGAGUUUUUCAGAAGUCAACUAUAGAUUUUAAUUUUUGCAUUCCAUCUCCUGAUGUCCUAGUGGAAGGUCUUGGUAUGUAGGUGUAUCCCCUCCUGUCACCUUUCCUCCCUAACCCUCCCUACUUUAGUCCUUUUGUUUUGAUCUCCUUUCUCAAUUCAUUUUAAUUGACCUGUUGUCUUUCCUCCAAAAAUGUUGCAACAUUUGAAACCCUAUUGCUCUGAACUUCAAAAAUGUUGAUCUUAACAAGUUCAAUGUUUUUGUAAGUGUUGGAAAAUGUAUGUACUUUUUCAUGAGAUGACGGGAGUCUCAUUGCUAAACUGUAUUUUACCCUUGUGUCUUCCUUUAGACAUCUGAAGAUAAGGAUUAAAGAGUGAUUUGGAAUAAAA